AUGCGCGACCAACUUUUGCACCCAACACCCUCGAGCCAUCUGUGUCCUGCGAAGAAAAUAAUGGCCGCUGAUAAGCAACAUCUCAGUGGCCGACAGGCCAAACCCUUCACACCUAUAAUGAGUUCCUCGUUUCGAACCCCAAAAUCCCCAUUAACCCCCAAACUUGCUGGUUACGCACCAACCUGCACCACCCAUAAAACCGUAUAUCCCGAGUCAACCCAGCACCCACGACAUGGACUCUCCUACUCCGAGACUUCCACCCCAACGUCCUCCAUGCUGAGCUCAAAUGUAACCCCCCGAUCAGGGCAGCGGUUGUCUCGUCGAGACGGAAAUCCUUCUCCUGCAGAAAUCUCGCCCAUAUCCCAACAUCCCAUAUAUUCAACGCUCAUUCCUGACCCUCCCACACCUCCGCCGUUAGAUCUGAUUCCAAAGGAAGAUCGCUUUGUUGCGAUGCCCAGGAUAGCUAGAGCAGAGAAUCUCGUGAAUGACACGCAAUGCCUUACAACAAAAUUUCGACAUUCGUCAUCGUGUGGGAGCUCCACAGGAACGCCUAUGUUUUUCCAUGCAGAUGAUACUAGGUCUUCCCAAUCCACAACAAGCCUGUACAUGCGGACUGGGUCACUUCAGAAGCAGGCUGGCCCGUCAACUUUUAUUUAUGCUUAUGGGUCCACCUCUGAAAGUUCUCAUCGUGAUGGAUCGAAGACUGCCACACCCUGGGAAAAGACUCCUCGACUACCUUCUUUAAAACGGCCAGAGCUCACAGUCUCAUCACGAUCGAAGCAAACUCACAUCCCAGGUAUAUUUGCCAGAGACUCCCAUGCACUUAGACAUCAUCAAAGUCCUUCAAAUUCUCAUCCUACACCAAUUUCAACCUCAGAUGUUUCGUUUGGCCAGCAGUCACCCACGACCCACAAUCAGCAACCAUUGCCCCUGGAUAGCCCAAGAAGAUCAUCUCACACAAAAUCCUACAGUCUGGAUGCUUCGCAUCAUGUGAAGCAACACAAACAAGAGUUCUUAUCAAACCUCAGUGGAACUCCACAGUUAGGAUCAAGAUCAGGCGAACACCAACUAUUGUUAACUACAGCUCCCCAGGAGCUCAACCCUCGGGUUGUAGGUGUCCACCAUUUUCCUCCCACAGAUUAUGCGUCCCUUCCUUCUGCCGGUCUUCAUAGCUCUAUGAAAGAGGAUGUGCCUCGAAAUUCCAAUAUCGAUAAGAUGAAUGAACUGGCAUUAAAUGCUCGACGAGAACGUAAAGUCCUUGAUCUUGAGAUUAGCAAUUCCUCCUUGCUUGCAAUCAACCGUGCAUUGGAAAGGGAGAUGAGGAAACAGAAUUCAGAACUGCGCCGCUACAGGCGUCUAACGCGAUCUGGCCGCCUUAUGAUCCCUGAAUCUAUCUCCACGUUGACAGAAAACAACAUGUCCGCUGUCGGCGCAACACUUGAUGAACCUAACGACAUAUAUUUGACGAAUAGUUUGAAUGAAGAUCUCUCAGACCCCAGUGACAAUGAAUCUUCACUUUCCGAUAACGGCACUCCUAGCCUCAAUGGCAUUGUCGAGCGUGACGAGAAACAUCUAACUAGAGAUGAAAAACGGUUCAUCAUUGAUCUUACAAAACAUAAACAGGUCCUUAUUGACAGCCAAAUGAUGAACCAGAGCAUCAAGCGUUGCUUGGGAUGGACCGAAAGCUUAAUUCUCGAAGCUAAAAGAGCUCUCGACUAUCACGUCCAUCUCACAGAUAUAGACAUUGGCGGCAGAGUACUUUUCCCUGACGAGAUUGAAGGCGAAGCAGAAGGUGGGAGAGGGCUCUUGGGUUCGACGCAGGGAUAG